AAACGACGAAGUGGCGAACUAACUUUAGUCACUGAGUUUUAUUUUUGUCGUUUAUAUUUUAAAAUGAAUAAUGAUAUUGUUUCGGUGUGUUUAAGAAGAAGCAACACUGCCACGCCAUGGGGAUUUAACAUGCAAGGUGGAAUAGAUUUAGGUUCUUGUUUAUAUAUUCAAAAGGUAAAGCCUAAUGGUAUUGCAUACAAAGCAGGUGUUAGACCAGGUGAUGCUAUUUUACAAAUCUGUAGAUGUCCAGCUCAGUAUCUCAGCCAUCAAAACGCUAAGAUGGAAAUUAUUAGAAGUGGUAAUGAACUUGAUCUAGUCCUUCAAAGAAAUGUUGUUACACAAGGCGUAGUAAGCCUUCAAGAAGCGCGAAGUUCUGUAGAAGAAGAACCUUCUCCUUUCCGUGGAUACCAAAAUCCCACACUUCAAUCACGAUCAUUCAAAAUCAUCCAAAAAUGUCUGAACUACGAAGAUAGUUAUGAAGACUAGGAAUAAGAAGUUUAAAAUAUUGCUAUGAAUCCCAUUGGUGACUAAAAUGGAAAAAAAAAAAUAAA